AUGUCGACAACGUUACAGUUAAAACAGCUCUUGGAGCAAUCGCGAAACCUCGCUAACAGUGUUUCUGCAAAAAAAGAUUUACCUCCCAUAGAACGAAACUUAGAAGAGAUAGAAACACAGUCGCGUAAAUUUGCAAGUAAAGUAACUAGACCAGGAGAACAACCAGAGAAAAAAGCACCUUUCUUUCUAGCAAAAUGGGGAAUCGACGGGGAGAAACUAGAAAAUGCUGUACGCAGUAUCAAUGUUUUGGGUGCUUUUGAACCGCGUGAACUUGUCUCAGAAACAGACAUAUCGAGUUAUGUUGAAUACAAAUAUAGGAGCACAGUAUCGAGUAUAAUAGAAGAUGGCCAUAAUCAGACUAUUAAAGACUACUACAACGAUUUUGAAAAAUCACUUAACCUUGAUUGGGAGAAAACAAAAAAUAAAAUUUUCGAGGAACUUGGCCAGUAUAAACCACUCGUAAGCAGUUCGAGCACAGCGGGUGAUCAAAGUAUAAGACAUAUUAGCACCACUGCUCCUUUUCGGACGCCAUCAAGAGGCAUGCCUAUUUCUACGCCUAGUCGAAUGUCUACAGCGUCGGAAACAUCAUUCAGCACCGGAGCUGGAAAAUCCCCCAGCACUCCAUGGACAACCACCAGACAUCCGGCGACCCCGAGAUCUGAAGCAGCUAUCCUUUUUAAUGCAAAGAUGACUCAUUAUUCAGAUGUUGUAUUAAAGCUGAAUGCAAGCCGACUACGCAAUGAUGAUUUUGGUGUUAUGAAUGCUUUUCUAAGUGCUGCCAAGAAAAUUACUUUAGAUCGAUCGAACAAAUUAAUUAUUGAAUGUUGGCGAGCACUUGCUCAAAUU